GGCUGUAAAGUGUAUGUGAUGGGUCAAGAUUGUUGUUUCAUGGCCUUAACCUUUUCACCUCAUUAAUUACUGCAUUGUGGUUUAUGCAGGUGAAGAGUGUUGAAGAUGGAUUUUUGGGUUCGUGGCAUUUGGGUACUGUGGUUAGUUGUAGUGAUUUGAUUCGUGAAGUUGAAUAUGAGUUUAUAUGGUCAGAGCGGGGUUCUGGCAAAUUGGUUGAAGUGGUAAACAUUUCUCCAAUAAUUGAUGGGGUCCUACCUGAUGAUGAACGGCCAGUUCAUCAAUGUGGCAUGAUCAGGCCAUCGCCACCUCCUUGUGAAUUUGGCAGCUGGCCUUAUGGUCAGUGUGUUGAUUGCUUCUACCAAGAUGCGUGGUGGGAGGGUGUAUUAUUUGACCGUGAGGAAGGUCAUGAGGAGAGAAAGGUCUUCUUCCCAGAAUUGGGUGAUGAAAUGAAGGCAAAGAUAGACAAGUUGCGUAUAUCUCAAGACUGGGAUGAGGUUACAGAAGUAUGGACGCCCCGUGGCACAUGGACUUUUCUUCAAGUGAUUGAGGAAAUUAAGAAGCUAAACCCACUCUUAGUUUCGGUUAAACAAAUUUGGUAUGAAGUGCAGCUGAAGGAUGAUUUUGAUGAACAUCUCAAGCAGUGGACAUCUUCUUCGAAAGAUAUUUGGAGGAAACUGGUGAAGGAAGUUGUGCAUGACAGUACAAAGUUAACUGUCAAGCAUUUUCUUUCUGAACUGAACUCCUCACAGAUCUUUGGAGAGGGAUGUCAGUCGCUCGAAUUUUCAGAACCUGCAUUUAUAGCUGAACUGAACCCUAAAGUGUACUUUGCACCCUUUACUGAAGCUGCUUGCACAUUAGAUAGUGCGGCCACACUGCCUAUGGAUCAGGAUCUUUCCGAUCUUCAACCUGUAGAAAAGCUAUUUGUUUCGGAGGAGUCUGCACCUGCCACAGAGGAUGUUCAAAUGACUGGUAUUUUGUCCAGUACUGAGAGUGAACUACCGACUUUUGCGAAUUCUAAGCGUGGCAGGGGGAGACCUAGAAAACUCAAGAAGAUAUUCAAGGGACGGACCCGGGUUGGUGAACCUGACUCUUGUCGAGGGGCAAACUCGACAAAAAUAAUUAAGGAGAAGAUAUUCGAGGAUGUUUCCCCUCUUCAACAGCCUGUGGAUCAGGAUGUUCCUAAUCUUCAACAGCCUUUGGAUCAGGAUAUUUCAGAUCUUCAACCGGUAGAGAAGCAACUUGUUUCAGAGAAGUCUGCACCUGCCACAGAGGAUGUUCUAUUGAGUGGUAUUGAUAUUUAUAGUUCAUUUCCUCGAAUAUUCGUCUGUAUCACCACACAUGAUUUCUAUGUUUUACUUCUGCCUAUUGAUGACAUUGCAGGUAUUUUAUCCAACACCAAGAGUCAGCCACUGACUAUUGCGAAUUCUAAGGCUUGCAGAGGGAGACCUCGUACAAAGAGGAAGAUAUAUGAGGGGCAGACUGUGGUUGGUGAACCUGCCUCUUGCCCAGACACAACCUCAACAGCAACAUUUAACAAGCCGCCUAGUGAUGAGACUGCGGGUAUUUUGUCUAGUACCACACAGACUUUGGAGAAUUCUAAGCCUCGCAGAGGGAGACCUCCUAAAAGGAUGAAGACAUUGAGUGAACCUGACUCUUGCCCAGAAGCAACCCUGAUAAAAGAAUUAAAGAAGCCGACUAGUCAUCAGAUUGCUGGUAUUUUGUCCAAUGGCAAGUGUGUGAAUUCUAAGAGUCGCAGGGGAAGACUUGCUACAAAGAAGAAGAAAUUUGUUUGGCAGUCACUGUCUGUUGAACCUGACUCUCGCCUAAAAGUAAUAACUAAGUGUAUGCCAUCUAUGUCCUCCAUAAAAAAAUUUAAGAAGCAUCUGUUAUGGACGGGCUGGAAAUUUGAACUCAAAAGGGAGGGUGGUAAGGUUAAGAAAAGUUAUGUUGCUCCAAAUGGAACGGUAUGUGUAUCAAUUAGUGAAGUUUGCCAGGUGUUGGAAGAGUCAAAAAUUUGUGAGGUAGUUCCCCCAGUUGAACAAAGUAGUUUACAUGGUGAGACUGAUAACUCCACCCAGUCUCCUUGCAUGGAAAGACCAACAUGCAGAGAGGUGCCUGAGUUGCAUAAAGAAACAAUUGCUGAGACUGAAGAAAUAAGUAUUGAGCCUGGGAGAACAGGCAUUCACAGAGGUGACACUGAUAACUCCACCCAGUCUCCUUGUAUGGAAAGACCAACAUGCAGAGAGGUGCCUGAGUUGCAUAAAGAAACAAUUGCUGAGACUGAAGAAAAAAGAAUUGAGCUUGAAGAAGAGCUUGAAGAAACAGAGAUUCCGCAGCAAGAAACAGGAAUUCAGAAUGAAGAAAUAAAUACUGAGCCUGGAGAACCAAGAAUUGAGCCUGAAAUCUGCCGCCAAGCUGUAAUUGACUAUUGUUUACCGAAAUCUCAAGACAUUUCUGCCUAUCAGAAGUCCUAUAGAAAUGGGGUGAAGAUAGGGGAUACAGCCCUAAAGGCUAAGAAUUACCUAGUUUCAAUUGGAUGGAAAUUAAUUCCUGCUGGGAAGAAUGACAAGAGAAUUCGUUACUGUUCUCCAGAAGGAAAAACUUUUCUGUCUUUUCGGGAAGCUUGCAAAUGGUGUGUGAAAAAGUGGGAAGCUGAAAGCCACUUACCAGAACAAGUGUCUUCCCAGUCAGCAGUGGUGGAUAAACCUCUGAUCUCCCUUUUAAGGGAAUCAAGAAAGAAGAGAAAGCAUGCGGAUGUAAAAUCCAGGCCUUCUCUCAAAAAAGGAGAUGGUGAUAUGCGAUCAAGUAAAAGAGCUCGAAAGGUGGCUCCUUCUUCCUCUAAUCAAAUACCUCGAACAGUUUUAUCUUGGUUGAUAGACAAAAAUGUGGUCCUGCCACGUGCUAAGGUAAAAUAUUGCGAAAAGAAGAAUGGUAAUCCAAUGGCAGAAGGGCGGAUAACUCGUGAAGGAAUCAAAUGCAAUUGCUGCCAAAAAAUAUUUGGUCUUCGUAACUUUGAAGCUCAUGCUGGGAGCAUCUGUAAUAGACCUUCAGCAAAUAUAUAUUUGGAGGAUGGAAGGUCUCUUCUCGAGUGUCAAAUGCAGAUGAAACACAAACAUAGUAUAGAAAACAAAGAGGGUAGCCAUUUUACCGAAAAUGACUAUAUAUGUUCUGUGUGUCAUUAUGGUGGUGACUUAAUACUCUGUGAUGGAUGCCCUUCUUCAUUUCAUCCUGAUUGCCUUGGGGUUAAGGUAUCUCUUUCAUACUGUGUAUUGUAUUUCUUUUUCUUAAUCUUCAAUCAAAAAGCCAAUUGCUUUAUUUUGCAUUUGUUUAAACAGGAGGUUCCAGAUGGUGACUGGUUUUGCCCAUCAUGCUGUUGUAAAGUGUGUGGUGAGAGCAGAUUUGAUAAAAACAGAAAACAAUUUACAGAUAACACCCUUCUCAUUUGUUGUCAGUGUAACCAUAAAUAUCAUGCUCAGUGUGUGAGAAACAACGGUCUUGAAAAACUGGAUGAUUUUCCUGUAGGAAAUUGGUUGUGCAACAAAAGUUGUAAGCUGAUAUGUUUGGGUAUGCGUCUGCUCCUGAAGAAAUCGGUUAUAGUGGGUAAUGAUAACCUCACCUGGAGACUGUUGAAAUAUACAGAACCUGAUGAUGAGUCCAGUGUGGAGAUCUAUAGCCGACUUUGUGUCGCUUUGAAUGUGAUGCACGACAGCUUUGAACCGGUCAAAGAACGUCUCACGGGGAGAGACAUCGCAGAAGAUGUCAUAUUCAGUAGAUGGUCCGAGCUGAACCGGUUAAAUUUCCAAGGCUUCUACACCGUACUGUUGGAAAGAAAUGACGAACUCAUUUCAGUAGCGACCGUAAGGGUUUAUGGAGAAAAGGUGGCAGAGAUCCCACUUGUUGCAACACAAUUUCAGCACCGCCGACUUGGAAUGUGUCGCAUUUUAUUUAAUGAGCUUGAAAAGACACUCGCGGGAUUAGGAGUUGAGAGGCUAGUAUUGCCAGCUGUCCCUGGUGUCCUAAACACAUGGACCACUAAAUUUGGUUUCUCAGUUGUGAAACAAUCAGAGAGAGCAAACUUCUUUGAUUACACUUUCCUUGAUUUCCAGGGUACGAUAAUGUGCCAGAAGAUCCUUGAAAAGACCCCUGCCAAAGCCCAGCAAACACAUGUCGACAAUACAAACAGCAAAGACAACGUUGAAUCGGAUGACAAUGUUGCUGUUUCGGAGGUGUUUCAAGCGACACAAGUUGAGGGUUGUGCAACUGUGGACCAAGGACAUGUGGGGUAUAAAAUGUCAUUCCAUAGUAAUAAAUUUCUUAGUUAUUGGAUCCUUGUCAUAAUUAACCAUCAUUUGUUAUGUUUAACAGGUUAACCAACAAGCUUGAUCAACCUUAGCAGCCUACCUUGCCAGUGAUCAUCGCAAUGAUAGUGGCCUGGUAACAUGCUACAAGCUGAGUCGGAUAAAUCGUCAUGUAUAAAUCAAGCUUUUUUCAGAAGAGGUGAUACUCAACAGUGAGCUGGUGAUUUCUUGAGGAAAAAAGGUUGAACCAGCAGAGGAGCUGUGAGUCCCUAUCUCUUACAGGAUAGUUAUUUAAAAAACCUGGAUAUUUUUAUUCAGGUUUAAUAUUUAGUUUUCCUCCUUUACAAAAAGUAGGAGGGAAUUUAUUAAGACUAUGAUAUAUGUAAAUCUGAUUAGAUUAGUUCAAAUUGGCCUUAGCAGCUUUUGUAUUGUUCCUGAUAGUAUCAUACAUAGAGCCAGAUUUUCAUUGGCUUUCAUAUAUGUUGUUUUACCUAGAACAGAGUUUAUUUCUUGACUGCUAAUAUUAAAAAAGCGAAGCUUUUGCUGAGAUGCAAGUUGUACCC